AUGUACGAAUAUCAUUACAACGUGAUGAAACGUCAUUACGGUGACAAUAUCAGCCUGCUGUACACCGAUACUGAUUCUCUGAUAUAUCACGUUAAAACACGCGAUUUUUACGACGAUGUGGCGAAUAAUCCGAACUUGAUGAAUCGCAUGGACACAUCUAAUGUACCACCUGAUCACAGAUGUUACACUUUGGCACGUAUGAAAUUACUUGGAUACUUUAAGGACGAGAUUUCAGCCCGAAAUAUGCGUCAGUUUAUCGCAUUACGCGCCAAGUCGUAUGCCUACGAUAUCGAGGGUGCCGUAAAUAUCAGGUCCAAGGGAGUCCGGGGACAUGUUAUUAGAAAUCACCUGACUUUCAACGAUCACAUGCGCUGUUUAUUCGCCGACGACGACGACGACGAUGGUUCGGACGCGGAAGAUUAUCGUGAUAAGGAGUUCGACGGGGAGGCUGAUAGCUCGGGAUUGCGCGCGUAUUGUCAUUAA